AUGUUCCCAGUCCUGCGUGUGUGCAUGUUGAUUUUCAAUUCCCCGUGCUCGGCCAUCGAAGACAACGAAGACAACGUCGACUACCGCGGCAACGACCUCGGUAACACUCGCCAGGCAUCUGCCGAAGGCUGUUGCCAAGACUGCACCAACAAGCCUGGGUGCCAAGUCUUCACGUGGACCAACUACGAAAACUUGCUGGCGUCCCCUGGCGCCAAGUCGGGGUUGAUUCAAGCGCCUCCCACGCCUGGGCCCAGGCGUACCAGUGACCACCGCGUCGACAUACCCAACUCGUGCGCCGACCACAAUGACCGCCGCGCCGACAACGACGACGAAUGCACCCAAGACCACGACUGCCGCACCUAUCACAACAACUCCAUCGUUCCCCACUCGCGCGCCAUGCGCGCCUUCGACUGA